GAAUUUUAUAUAAAAUUAAACAAUGAACCUUUAAAAUUAAUUGAAAAAGUAGUUUUUAAAGGCUCAAUAAAGCAGUCAUAGCCAUAUAUUAGGAACCAACUUCCGUUGAUUUUAUCGUAUGAGUAAAAUAUUGUACCAAACAUAGCCCAUUUCGUGAAAUUAACAAAUUAUUACGAAAAAUCAGGGAAAUAAAUUAUAGAUUUUGUAUCUAAUAUGAAUGACGUAGAACUUUCGAAUGAGGAGACCGAAAAAGUUCUUCAGUUCCAAGAACUGACAGGAAUAGAUGAUAUCAACGUCUGUCGAGAUAUUUUAAGUCGUCAUCACUGGAACUUGGAAAUAGCAUUUCAAGAGCGUGAAAAAUUAAAUGAAGGCGUUCCAUCCUUAUUCUCCACACAAGAGACACGAGCACCAGCCGUACUCAACGAUCGCUUCUUACAGCAUAUAUUUAUAAGCAAUAAUCGUAAUAAUAAUAGUCCUAGUUCUGGUGGAAUAUUUGGAUUAUUUAGCUAUGUUAUUAAUUCACUGAUCAAUUGGUGCUACUCGACACUAUCAUCGUUCAUUCAGACACUCCUAUCUGCUUUUACAGAGCGCGAAAGAAUUGCUACUAAUCCUUUAGAUGAUGUCCUUAAAUUUAUACAAGAUUACAAUACAAAAUAUCCAGUUCACCCAGUUUUCUAUCAAGGCACAUAUGCUCAAGCAUUAAAUGAUGCAAAACGUGAACUCAAAUUCCUCCUCAUCUAUCUUCAUUCCGAAUCAUCAUCACCAGCCGUUAUGUCUGGUCAGCAGAGAAUUACUGAAACAAUUAAUUUCUGUCGCAAUACAUUGUCAAAUGAAGAUGUAAUAAGUUACAUCAAUAGACAUAUGCUAUUUUGGGGAUGUGACAUUUCAUCACCUGAAGGUUAUCGUGUUUCUCAUUCUUUUAAUGCACGUUCUGGUCAUUAUCCUUUCAUGGUCAUAAUUGCAUUGCGUGAUAAUAAAAUGACAAUUAUGGGACGUUUAGAAGGUGAUUGUAUAGCUGAUGAAUUUCUUGUACGAAUGCGUCGUGUUGUGACUGAUAAUGAGAGAUGGUUGAAUGCUGCGCGUCAUGAAAGACUCGAAAGAAGCUUUAAUCAAACAUUAAGAGCUCAACAAGAUGUAGCGUAUGAAGAAAGCUUAAAGGCUGAUCGUGAAAAGGAAAGAAGACGUCAAGAGGAACGCGAAGAGAAGCAAAGAAUUGAAAAUGAAAUUAAGGAAGCUGAAGCAACUGAAGAAAGAUGUCGUGACUUGAAAGAGCGAGUGAAAUUGGAAUUGGUACAUUUAGUGCCUUCAGAACCGGCUGAUAAUGAUGCUGAUGCCAUUAGUAUUGUCUUUAAACUGCCAAAUGGUAUGAGAAUCACUCGACGGUUCCUUAAAAAUAAUUCACUGAAUGACAUUCACAACUUUAUUUUCUGUCAUCCCGAUGCACCAGACAACUUCGUGCUAUCCCAAAACUUUCCAAAACGUAUAUUAGAAUGUGGAAAAGUCUCAACGGAAGGCUGCACUGGAUAUGAAUCGACAGCAGAAAUAAUUGAAACACUUAUAAGCAUUAAUACACUUAGUAUAUCAGACACUGGUCUACAAAAUCGCGAAGUUUUGUUCGUCAGUGAUUUAGAUGCAUAAAAGAAGACGAUUGGAGCAGCUGCAAAGCGGCAUUUGUGGGAAAUUCAAAAUGUUGUUUUAGAUAAAUCUUCAACCACAUUCAAUUUAUGAUCAUCAUCACCAGUUAUAGCUUAGAGUUUAAAACAUAGCAGAAAAAGGCGUAAAAAUUUUUUGUGUUUAAUUCCAUUUUUUUGUUUCUUGUCCUGCAUUUAUGUUUUUUUUUUUCGACAGAAUUGUGCAAAUUUAUAGUCUUGACUAUACUUAUUUCUUGUUCCGUACAUUUAAAAAGUUUCAAAUUUCAAUAUACUUUUUUUGUUUUCCUGGUAAGCAACUUGAGUAUUGUGUCUAUGCUUAGACCAUAGAAAGCUUCAAAUUGUCUGACUUAGGGCAUUAUUUCUUGAAAUUAUUAAUUAUGAGUUAUAAACUACUAAUUAUUCUGUUUUGUGGGAAAUGAAUAAUCAGUGAUUAUUUAAUAAAGUUUAUUGGAAAAUUUUUAAUUGCUGAUGUGUUUAUUAAUUUUGCUAACAGACCUUAGGUCAUGCAAUUAUGACGUCCAUUGAA